UGCAACACGUUUUUGUGCUCUCCCUGUGUAUAACAGGGUUUCAGUCCUCCAGCUCCUGCUUCUCGUCGGUGGAAUACUGUAAUGAAGAUAAGAUGCACAUUCUAACUGGAAGCUGUGUCCUGCUUCUGUGGACGUGUACACUGACCUUUGUGAAAAGUCAAGAAUGUACCCGAGAAAAGUUUAUAAAGAGCAGCUUGUAUGAUUCAAACUUUGAUGUCAGCGGCUUGGACGACCAGUAUCCUGCUGGAAAACUAGUAAGGGUGAACUGCAACAUUGGCUACAGUGGUUAUUUCAGAAUCAUGUGCGUCGAGGGAAAUUGGCUUCCCAAAGGGACUAAAUGUGAACCCAAACAGUGUGGUCAUCCCGGCGAUGCGCAGUUUGCAGAUUUCCGGCUGGAGCAGGGAGAUGACUUUGUCUUUGGGUCAAAAGUUGUGUACACCUGCCACAAAGGGUAUCAAAUGAUCAGCCGGAGAAACUUCCGGACCUGCAUGGCAGAUGGCUGGGAUGGUGUUGUUCCUGUCUGUGAAGCAUCCCAGUGCCCGCCGAUUCCUGUAGGAAACAAUGUUCAGGUGUUCGGGGACACAGACGAAGCCACCUUUGGAAAUGUGGUUCGCUUUAGCUGCAAGUCCAGCAAAGAAAUCCUGGAAGGGCCAAAGGAGGUUUACUGUGAUGAGACUGGACAAUGGAGCGGCCAACCCCCAACAUGCACAGCUGUGAAGUGUAAAGUACCUAUGAUUUCAAAUGGUUUUGUGAGUGAAAAUAAACAAGAAUACUAUGAAGAUGAAGUCCUGCCUUUUGAUUGUAAUGAUAAAUACAAGCCCAGUGAAGAUCGACCAUCGAGAUGCUUGAAAACAGGACAGAGAGCCGACUGGAGCCCCACACCUGGAUGUGAACUAAUAAAAUGUAAACUGAAAUUACCACCACUCGAGGGAACCAGUUAUACACCUGAGUACACAAAUCUGUUUCUACCUGGUGACAGUGUAACAGUGAGGUGUGGAGACAGGUACGGGAUCACUGACCGUCAGGUUGAAACAGCAGACGUCUUAUGUAAAAAAGAUGGAGAGUGGGAAAUACAACCAGUUUGCCGAGAGGUUAUAUGUCUCAAACAAGCUCCACACGUGUACUCCUGGUCCAACUAUUGGAAAGCACAGAUUUAUAACACGGUAAAUUAUUAUUGUGAGUCCGGCUACAAGAAACCAGAUGGUUUCACCAGGGCCACGUGCACCAGAGGUGGAUGGAGACCAGAUCCACUCUGUGAAGAAAUCAGAUGUCCCCUACAUGAAAUCCCCAACACAGACCUCAUCAACCGUCAACAGCAAUACACAGACGGACAACGAGCUAAUUAUGUCUGCAAGAACGGAUUUAAGGGAACGUUUUCUUUAACCUGUACAGAAAAUGGCUGGAGUGGAAACAAACAAUGUGUUGAGAUUACAUGUGACAAUCGAGUCGAUCCAUAUGCAGACAUUGAAAGCCCUAAACUAGGAUCAAGGUACAAGCACAACGACCAGCUUCAUUAUAUCUGUAAGAAAGACCAGCAGCGUUACACUGUGACCUGUGGAGAAAACGGUUGGGACGUAACUUCAGGACAUUCAUGUCCAGCAUCAACCUGCAACAGACAUAAUGAUCCAGCUGCUGACAUUAUAAACCCUAAAUCAGCCUACAACUAUGGUGAACAGGCUGAGUAUGUCUGUAAGAAAGGAGGGCAGCGUUACACUCUAACCUGCACAAAAGGCGGUUGGGAUGGAGAGUCAAAGUGUUCAGCUAUAAAAUGUCCAAAGGCUGAAGUUCCCAACGGGUUCGUAGUCGGUCCCUUCAACGACACCGUUUACUACAGCUGCAACGAGGGCUUCAAGCCUUUGAGGAGAGGAUGGUGGGGUGAGGCCAAAUGCAACGGAAAAGAGUGGGUUGGACUUCAUCAGUGCAUCGUCAAGACAGGCUGCCAACCUCCUGAAAUUCCUAACGCACAAGUGACACCUGGAGUCCCUGUCACAGGUUUCUAUGCAGACAAGAGGCGCAUUCGGAUCACUUGUGAUGCAGAUUACACCUCUGAGAUUAAAGAGUUAACUUGUCAAAACGGAAAAUGGAACAAGAUUCUCAAAGACAUCUGCAAACCCAACAAGUUCUGCCAAGCACCACCUAGAGUGGAAAACGCGGCUGUGCGAGGUCCGUAUGUGAAGGAGUACCGGCCUGGCUCCAUUAUAACCUAUGAGUGCCGGAAGGAUUAUACGCAGGAAGGACAGAACACAGUUGAAUGCGAAAAUGGACAGUGGAAGGAACCGGAGACAAAAAUGAAGUGUAAAGGACCCUCGGCGCCUCCUCGGGUCUGCGACUGGGGAGGACGGCGCAGAAAACAGGUCUGUGGAGGAGCAGAGCCUCAGUUGGACGCUGGUCUGUCGGCGCUGCUGCCUGCGAUGCGUUCGUCUGUGACCCUUCUGCUUCUCCAGCUCUGGGGGAAUCUGGCCAUUUCUGUAUCACAACAGGACUGUCCAGUGCCACCAGUUAUUCCUCAUGCCUCCGUAACAGAAGAGUCCAAAAAGUCUCAGUACCACCAGGGAGAUGUGAUCUAUUACGGCUGUGAGACAGGUUACACGUCCGGCCCGUCCAUUAAAUACGUUUGCUCCACCGAGGGCUGGUUUGCAAUACGGAAGGGAAAGUGCACCUUAAAGCUGUGUCAGCUGCCUGAGGAAAUCCCCAAUGGCCGUUAUGAUUUUGUCAGGGGUGAUGAGUUUGUUUUCGGAGCAGUUAUCCAGUACCACUGUGAAGAGGGGUAUCAAAUGAUGAGCAAGGUGACAACCCGCACCUGCAUGUUGAACGGCUGGUCCAAUCGUGCUCCAGUAUGUGAACCUUUGAGCUGUGAUUCACCAAAAGCAGAAGAGGGACUUACGAUAAAAGGUUUAUUGGAUAACGACGAACCAAUAACUCCUGGUCGAAUCCUCUUAUUCAGCUGUGAUGUUGAGGGAAAACGUCUGAACAGCAGUGCACUGUUAAUGUGUGGCAAUAAUGGACAGUGGGAUCAUCCAUUCCCUAGUUGUGAAGAUGUUGCUUGUAAAGUAGAUGCUCUGACUCCUAAUCUCAGAGCAACUGGACUACCAGAGGCCAAUAACACUGUAAAAGCUGGGCAUAAACUAGGGUUUUCCUGUGACAAAGGCUACACAAUUUCUGGCUCUGCAACAAGUCAGUGUUUGGAAAGUGGGGAGUGGAGCCAUCCUUUCCCAACUUGUCACGUUUUUGUACCUCGUGGUCCGUGUCCACCACCACCACAUGUGACAGAUGGAGACAUCCAGGGCACGAUUAAACGCUCAUAUGCUCAUAAUGAGAGGGUCACAUACGUUUGUCCAGCAUUCUACAAAAUAGAGAAUGACCAAAGUGUCAAAACAUGCACCGAUGGUCAGUGGAAAGGAGCCGUGAGAUGCCUCCGACCCUGCACCGUCAACAGAGAUGCCAUGAACCUACACAAAAUUAAAUUUAAGUGGGUAGAAGAUGAUAAGUUGUAUUCCACUCCUUUUGAUCACAUCACGUUCGUCUGUCUUGAUGGAGCAACACAUGACGGCAGGGGGGAAAUGCGUCAGCAGUGUGUUGAUGGAGUGAUGAACCUCCCCACCUGCAUUUCCAAACAAACAGCAGUUCUGACCAACAGCGGUCAAAUCAACAUGUACUUUUCCUUUGUGCUGCUGUUUCUUCUGUGCAGGAAUGUGGAGCUUUCUGUGUCACAGAAUGCGUGUUCAGUGCUCCCAGAUGUUCCUCACGCCCGAGUGUCAGACAGCAGUAAGAAAGCCGAGUACCCCGAAGGACAUGUGAUACAUUUUACCUGUGAAUCAGGCUUCACGUCAGAUCAAACGCCCAGAUACGUGUGCAGCAGUGGAGGCUGGUUGAAGGUCCGCUCAGGAUCAUGCUACUCGUGUGCGUCGCUGCCGCGUGUUCCUCACGCUUCUGUUUCACAAGCCACCAAUAAACCUGAGUAUCACAUGGGAGACGUGAUCCACUUCACGUGUGAAAGUGGUUAUACAUCAAGUCUGACCAUCACAUACGUAUGUCUGAGUGAUGGCUGGCUGCCAGUCCACCAGGAGAUGUGUUACAGUCCAGCCUCGCGCUGUGAACGUCCACCUGAAGACAGAGGCGUCAGAGUCACAGGUUUACCAGGAAACAAUCAGCUCAUGUUUCCAGAUCACAUCCUCACAUUCAGCUGCGACGAUGGGAAACAGCUGACAGACAGCUCAGUGCUGAUAUGUGGAAAAGACGGGCAGUGGAGCAGUAGCUUCCCUACGUGUAAAGAUCGUCUACCUCCUCACCACUGUCCACCACCACCACAUGUGGCAGAUGGAGACAUCCAGGGCACGGUUAAACGCUCAUAUGCUCCUAAUGAGAGGGUCACAUACGUUUGUCCAGCAUACUACAAAAUGGAGAAUGAUCAAAAUGUCAAAACUUGCAUGGAUGGUCGGUGGGUUGGAUCCGUGAGAUGCCUCCGACCCUGCACCGUCAACAGAGAUGCCAUGAACCUACACAAAAUUAAAAUUAAGUGGGUAGAUGAUGAUAAGUUGUAUAUGACACAUUUUGAUCACAUCACGUUCAAGUGUCUUGAUGGCACAACACAUGACGGCAGGUUGCAAAUGCGUCCGCAGUGUGUUGAUGGAGUGGUGAACCUCCCCACCUGCAUUGACACAGCCUUCAGCUGCAGCUGCUGUGCUUGGAGGUGUUUUCCUACAUCCACCAGCUCUUGGAUCUUCAUGAUGAGGCUCUUUAAUGUUUGGCUUUUUAUCCUGUGGCUGAAUGUGGAUGAAUCUUUGCAACAGGGUGAGAUUAUAUGUCUCAAACAAGCUCCACACGUAAGACGAUGGUCUGAACCGUGGAGAAGAGCAGUAAUUCACGACAUGGUAGAUUAUUAUUGUGAGUCGGGCUACAAGAAACCACAUGGCGUCACCAGGGCCACAUGCACCAGAGGUGGAUGGAGCCCAGAUCCACUCUGUGAAGGAGCUGACACAUCCUGCACGGCGCCACCUAAGGUUGAAAAUGCUUUUGUUUCUACUCCCUAUCAAAAGAAUUACUUGUCUGGCUCUCAAGUUACUUAUCAGUGUCAUCACGGAUUAAAAGUGAAGGGAGACGGAACGAUUCGAUGCCAGAAUGGUGUUUGGGAGCAGAAGGACAUAAGCUGUACACGAGCUGACACAUCCUGCACGGCGCCACCUAAGGUUGAAAAUGCUUUCAUUUCUACUCCCUAUCAAAAGAAUUACUUGUCUGGCUCUCAAGUUACUUAUCAGUGUCAUCACGGAUUAAAAGUGAAGGGAGACGGAACGAUUCGAUGCCAGAAUGGUGUUUGGGAGCAGAAGGACAUAAGCUGUACACUGUUGGAGGGGGCAGACUGUGGGUCCCCACCACCUCUACCAGAUGGAGACGUCAGAUACUCCAUUAGAAGCCAAUACAACCACAGUGAGCAGGUUGAGUACAUGUGUCAGACGUACUACACCAUGGAGGGAGAACCGUACAGAACCUGUGAGGACGGCGAAUGGACCGGACACAUGAGAUGCCUCAAACCCUGCAUCUUGAAUGACGACGACAUCAGACAAAAUAACAUCAGUGUAAAAUCCAGCUACAACCGGUUUCUCCUUCACGAUGACGUCGUUGAGUUCAGGUGUUCCACAGGAAAACCUGCUGGGUCGCUGGCGAUGCGUCAGAGGUGUAACAGCGGGGAGCUUUCUCUGCCGAGCUGCUCGUAGGACCUUCAUCACCCCAGAGACCAGCUGCACGUGCUGAAGCAUGAGCUCACGGCUCCCGUGGGAACAAAGUGGAGGUGUUCUACGUCCCCGGCGCCGUGAGCGCACGCUGGCGUUGACCUGCAGCUGCUCUGACUCCUCAGCGUUCUGCUCAAGGGCGCCUCGGCAUCCUGCUCCACCCAGACCGUACCUCAUGGACACCGCUCUGGCCUCCUGAUCCACAGCCUGAUGGAGAACGUUGUGCAUUAUGAUAAGAAACGUCAUUUAGAACGGUUAAAAUGUAUGUGAAAACAAAAACACAGCUCAGACAUAAAACUCAGGCAUCUAAUGUGUGCGGGUCCUUUCUUUAAGUGCAGACACUAAAAUAUCCAGUGAUGCAACAGGACUAUUGGUUGAACUUAUUAUAUAAAUUGACUUACAUUGAAAUAUAGAGUAAACGUUUACAUAAAAUGCAGUGGAGAGACCUGAACUCCAGGUGAUUGUACAUGGAUCCAAGAACUCAGAACAAGUCCAGUUGCGUCUGAUGAACACGAAUGAUGAUUUAAGAGCAUCACAUGUACCUCAAAAUUCAUAUUAGAAUCAAAAUAAGGAUAAGGGAAAACAGAUUUUGGGACAAACAUGUUUAUUUUGUUAAAGCUGACAAACACAAUGCGGUAAAUGCACAUUUGGAGGUUUACGCUCAUUAAUGAUUUACAUGUUUGUUCAGUCGUCUCAUGUUGAACAUGGUUUAAAUAUUGUGCUGUUACAGCUUAAAGCACCAGUUGAGUUCAAUGGGGUUAAAUAAACUUGCGGUUGCGCUGUGAGGACGCAGAGCACACAACGCUGUAUGAAUGUUCAUUGGUAAUUUAUUUUACAAACUGGAUAAAUACACAGAAAA